UGUCGAUUAGAUAGAAAACGUAUCUGUAGUAUUGCCAUUGUGCACAUAAUGGCAGGAUAGUGUGUUUUAAUUUGGUUUUUAAUUAUUUUUAUGCAAAAAUACUUUGAGGAGAAAGUGAACAAAAUAUGUUAGAAUUUGUUCGACAAUGCAGUCCAACAAUAGAUAUAGACCAUUCAAACAGUUGGGACAAGGUAACUUUCCACAAAGUUUGAGUGGUAGUGAAACAGAUGUUUCAACGUCCAAUGAAAAUUUAUCCAAUGAAGAAAAAUAUGUAAUACGACAUACUCCUAGGCAAGAACCACAAGGACAAGAGAAUUUGACGGAUUCCAAAAGAAGUUCAUUAAGAGAUAGUUUGCCUUCUAAUCGUAGCUCUCUAGAUGUGUCUUCAUCAUCUUACAAUACUCUGAUUAUUCAUAGCGCAGGAGAUGAACCAUGGACAGGAAGAAAUUCUGGACCUAGAGAAGGCAGCAAUAUUUCUUCAAAUUAUAUACUUCACCAAGGAUCUAACCUUACAAAUGAUCCUAAAUUAUCACCCUUGACUAAAAGGAGUUCGGCAUCUCCAUCACCUUCUAUUUCUAGUACAGGUGUACAGGAGAUAACAGCAAUUCCAGACGAUUAUUUGAAUCAAUCUUCAGUGCUGAAACAUUUAGCCAAAGAAGUAAAAGUACCGUCAUCGUCAGAAAUUUCCUUGAAAGAUAAUUCAGAUAAUCUAGUACUUUUUGAGUUGAAUGUUUUAGCACCACCACCACCACCACCCGAAUAUCCCAAAUGGUCAGACAAAUCACCUUUACAACGUGAAGUAGAAAAUAGGAAUAAAAUUAAUGCUGAAAAAUUGACUUUGUCCAAAUCCCAACCAGAUCUUUCCACAGUUGGAUCUAUAAAGAGCGACGCCAAUUUCUUCAGAAGGGGAGUUUCUGCGCCUAGACCACCAACAAGAGGAAGAGAAGAAAAUGAAUCUAAAAGUGAAGAAAUUUGGCCGUCUGCUGAAAUGGUAGAAAUUCUAAUAAAGGAAAAUAGUGCUCUCAAACAAGAAUUGGAAAAUUUGUAUCAGAGAGUUGAAAGGACACAAAGGCUCGAACAAGAAAUUUUCAAAGUGCACAAAGGUCACGAGGAGCUCGUUCAAUCGUGCGAUAGGCGAGAAAGAUUGGAAAGAGCCGCCAGAGCGCGUCUACAAUCUGAUUGCGUUAGAUAUCAGGAAUUGAACAAAGCUCUGAGGGAGCAAGUGGAAUUGCUUUCUACUCAGAUGCUGUCUCGUUCACCAGUACCUGAUUAUGGAGGACCUGAGAAUCUCAGAAGGGAACUAGCUAAACGGGAAGGACUCAUCAAACAACUCAUUUCUCAAAAUAAGGAGUUAUCUGCUGCCAAAGAAAGACAAGAAAUAGAGUUGGCUGCUCAGAGAGCUACUUUACAAGAACAGAGAACACAUAUAGAUAUACUAGAUACGGCUCUAACGAAUGCGCAGGGCAAUGUAGUUCGCCUCGAGGAGGAAUGUCGCAAAAAGCAAGUGUAUGUUGAACGUGUAUCUCAACUUCAGAGGGCGUUGUCUUCGAUGCAAGUGGCGAGUGAAAGGCGAGAACAAACUGAAAAAAAGUUGCGACUUCAACUCGAACGUGAAUUACAGCGCGCUAAAGCUUCGCAAGGCGAAUGGGAUUCUCACAGUGGUAUAGGAAGUGAAUCGGCUUCUGAAUUGAAAAGGAUGUUGAGAGAAAAAGAUGAAAGGAUAAUGACUUUAGAAGGGGAAUGCUCGAAAUGGGAACAGAGGUUCUUAGAGGAAGGUACUUUAAGGCAGGCGGCUAUCGAUGCCGCCAGUAUACCAAAGGACGCUAAAAUAGCAGCUUUAGAAAAAACGAGUCAGGAGACUGAGAAAAUUAUAGCCGAAGCUAGAAAUGAAAAAAUCAGACACAUGGACGAAGUACACGCGGCACAAAAAAAAGUUGCAGACUUAGAAUCCAGAUUAAAGGACUUGGAAUCUAAGCUUGCAGAAAAAGAUGCCAUGAUUAGAGUAUUACAAAAACACACUUACGAUAAAGAUAUGACUAGUAUGUUGGGCAGAUCACCUCAUCAUACUCCUCAUCCCAGUUUAGGUGGACCUGAUAUAGAUCAUGUAUUAGUUGGAACUACAGUUUCUAGAGAAGAAUUAGUUAGCAGCGUUUUAACAAAUUCGACAGCGUACGGUUCAAGUAAUUCAUAUACAGGUAGCAAUUCAUCCUACCAUCACAUGCCUUCAUAUGCCAAAUACGAUACUACUAAACAAAAAUUGGACAAUCAGUUGAAAGAGAUAGAUAGUCAACUCGAUUCUCAGUUACUUAGUAAGCGGGCACUUUGCUGUUUUCCAGGAUUCACUAAUCCAGUCGCUACGCAGAGAAAAGGAAAAAUACCCAAACCACUAUUGGCAGGUGUGACGGCGGUAUCUUACGAUAGCCAGGGCCCCUUCCUGCUGCCCCCGACACGUCACGAAUCCGGCGAGAUGUUGCUUCUCGAAAAACAAGGUAGGACUUCGCAACAACAACGUAUGCCCGAAGGUGCGCAAGCCACCUCUCAAAAACCGCCCACGCCGAGCUCGUUGCCGCGUCCGCCGCGUUCUUCUUUACGUUCAGGUCUACCUCGACGUUUAGGCGAAUAUAAUAGAUUGCCGGAUUCGGAAAAAAAAUCCGACGGAGCGGAUUCUCUCAGUUCUAAUUCGAGUAGUAGACGAGCUUCGCCGGCUAGAUCUUUGAUACCUCCUCCGAGGAAAUUGGGUGAGUAUGGGCGAUUGAGAAGCAGCUCGGCUGGGCCGGAAAGAGAUUCGGCUUCGACUUUGAGCGAAAAUUCGGCUAGUUCCUCUAAAGUUAGAAUAUAUGGGGGCGGUUCUUUGAGAAGGGGCUCCUCGUUAGGAAGGGACAGCAAAUGUUCUUCCGAUUCCAAUACCAAUAAAUACAGGAUACAAUUUUGAUGUUACAUUUCAUUUAAAAUUUUUCGAUUCCUUUUAAUUACAUUAAAUGUCAAUAGUAACAGAAUCAACAGAAUUAUUUAUGUAUUUUUUGUUUUAAUAGAAUAGUUGUAUGUAUCAUUUUGGGGGUUACUUUGAAUUUUAAAACGCGCGCUACGGAAGAAAUUCGGGGCCAACUGUAUAUGUCGUGCCAUAUUUUAUAUAAAAACGUUAUACUCGAAUCAUUUUUUAUUAUUAAUGUUUGUACCGGCACAAUUUUCGGAAAUUUUUAAAUCAAAAUAAAUAGUAUUUUCUAUUAGAUUAAUUCUCUUUUUACAAUAGUAUGUAAUAGUAAUACAGUAAGUAAUUUUUGUCAAUUGAAAAAGUGCCUUGUAGGAAUAAAGUCAGUCGAUUCGACAAUUUCGAAAAACGAGUAUGUUGUAAAAACACUAUUUUUAUUUUAUUUUUUUUCAAAUUCAUAAGAUUUUUGUAGUGUAUUCUAGUCUGUUUACAUACACUAUAUCUUACGUUAUUGUAAAAUUAUAAUGAGACAAUAAAGUCAUUAUCCACUUG